AUUUCUCUUACAGGAAAGAGCCAGUACACCUCUCGCAUAAAGUCUCUUCCCCUGAAGACCGGAGAAUGCCGUUAUUUUGACGUAUCCAGCCUAAACGAAGAACGAUAUGGUACGUUAAUAAGACUCAACUUAAGCUUGCAUGUAAAAGUCAGAACAGUCGAAGCAAAAAUGUAAGCUAAAGGUACAUUAAGAAAAUCAUAAGUGAAAUAUCCAGCUGGGGGAAACCUGAAACAGGAGUGAACUUCUCUUACGAGCAGGUUAUCCAAGGUGUAUAUAUUAAAAAGUUGAUCGCGGGGAGGCCGGUGGCCGCCUUUCUCUUGUUGAGAAGGUCUUGGUACAAAAUGAUUUUAUCUUUUUGGGGUUAUUGAUUUCUUAUAUCCAAUAGUAUUAAUACAAGUCGUUCCCAUUCACUCUCUUGUAAUGCCAAAGGAAUUAAACUCCGAUCCCUUUAUUAUGAAGCUUACUGCGGGCCUAAAUUUAUGCGAUCGAGCUUUGUACUAUGACCCUCAUCCAUGGCGUACACGUAAGCUUUAUAAUGUAAACUGAUUUGGCUUAUUUAUAAACAUUCCAUUCCCUUGGUCUGUACACCUAUUUACUUAUCUAAAUAUCGAUUCGAUUGAUAUAUUUAAUUUUUCACAAAAAUGGGAUUUUAAGUAAGUAAAUGUUUCACUCACAGGCAUCAUGUUUUAAGAUGCUUACUCAUGUCACGUCACGUCCUGUGACAGUCAUUUCUGAUAUUGGCUUUGUUUGAAAAAGUCAAUGGAUACCUCCUUAUAACACAUCCUAACAAACAAGAUGAGUAGCCACUUCCACUGAUCUACUUACCUUCUUAAUUUUAAACCGUUAAUAGUCCUUUCAUCAGGUUACAUUUCCUCCUUCAAGGUUCACAUAUCUUUACGCACAUUGUUAGGGAGGUUAAAGUUUAAAAAUUCAUUUUGGGGCAUCACACUUGAAAUUCAAAGAACAUAUCAUUUGUAUCCACUUCCUCUCUAAAUAAUCAAGGAUCUACUUACCCUCUUUUUAAUUUGAAACCUUAGUUCCUAGCAUCUGCUUACCUUUCCUCCUUUCAUAUAAUCUUACACAGGCUGUAAGAAGGGAAGUGUAAGAAUCUAUUUUGUGGCUUCACGCUUUAAACACAAAUAACGUAUCUUUUUGACCGAGCAAUGCCAGAUUAUAAUGAUAUUCAAAUUGUAGGGAAAGGAAGAGGCAUGUUCAGAGAUAAUGUAUUACAGAAACAAAGUGUUGAGAAUUUCAUUGAAACCAAUUGAAAGCUUAACAAAACCUAAAAGGAGCUUAACUUAUUUCACUCCAUUUCCUUGUCAUUUGCUACUUACAGGACUUAUCCCUGUAUAAAUUGACCUUUUGCAACCUAGAAAUCUGUCCCAAAAAUCUCCUUUGAACAACUUAGGCACAGAUUACAACAAUAGAAAAUAUAUUGUUUAUGCUGAUAGGAGAUGUUGCCGGACCCAGAGUUCAGGUUCCUUUAUUUCAUUGACUAGUAAAUGUGUGAAUGUGUAAAUAGUUAUUUAAGACAUUUUUAUUGUUUCUAUAGUAGUAGUAGUGUUAAGUUAUAACCCUUUAAUUCAGUUAAUUCUGCAAUGUGGCAAAUAAACGGUAUAUUUAUUUUUUUAUUUAUUUUUAAGUUUUGGAGGGCUAAGGGUUAAAGUUCUAAGCUUAUAGAAAAACCUGUUGGAAAUGCUUUGUGGUAUUCGAGCUCUUUGAGUUAGCCCAUUAAGCCCCAAUAUCCACAUACAAAUUCUCCAAACUGAUCUCCAUACAUUUCCUUAAAGAAUUGGUUGAGAGAAUUUGAUAAAAGACUAAAGAUUUUUCUCUUGGUGAUUAUUUUAUUAAUUCUCAUAGACUUUGCUCUUGACAAUCUAUGGAUAUUGUUAGGAGAAAAUUGAUUUUGGACACUAUUGGGGUGUAAAGGGUUAAAGGGAAGAAUCUUUCAAGAAUUUAUUUGCAAAUGUCACUUUGUUCAUUUGCCUCUGGCUGCUAAGUUUUAUAUCUAGUGGCUGUCAAGUUGGUCCUGAUUGGUUGAUAUGUUUUUUAAAUUUUCUUGAGAUUCGUUGGUCCUUCUUUCAUCUAGUACAGUCUCACAAAAAUGAAGUUCCAUCUCGUCCAUGUAAAGGACAUAAAAACUUCAUCCUUGCAUUUUGAAUAGUCCCUGAACUUUAUACUGUAGUGUAAAUAUGUUGACAGUGUAUUGAACAAAGGUAUUUUGUACUUCACUUCUUUAGGUCGUCUGCCAUUCUCAAUCAGGGUGCUACUGGAAUCUGCUGUUCGUAACUGUGAUGGUUUUCAAGUGAAGUCAAAAGAUGUUGAAAAUAUUUUGGACUGGGAGAACAACCAGAAGCAAAAUGUUGAAAUUCCUUUUAUGCCUGCCAGAGUUAUCCUGCAGGAUUUUACGUAAGUCAGGGCUCAAAAUAGCUGCUGGUCAAUGUGCAAAGAAGAUGACCAUUUGUCCGGACAAACUAAUUCUGUUGGCCCAUCCUUUUGACUGGUCAACUGAGUGCAUGUUUUUCAAAUAAAUAACUGGAAAAUUAAAUUUAUUCACAUUACUUCUGUAAAUAACCCAAAAAAGUAAAAUUAUCUGCUUGCAGUUAUCAAUAAAUUCAGAGAAUAGAGAUAAGAUGAUCCCACUUACUGGCUUUUGCAAGCCAGUAAGCUGUUUGCUAGUUUUCAUCAUUUUGACGAGUUCAAAAGCGAGCCCUCAAGAACGAGCUAAAGUUUGCUUGGCCGGUUAUUUUUUGACUAGUCGGAAAUGGUCCAACAUGAAAAGAAGCCUUAGAAUGUUGAGCUGCUAUUCGGCAUAAUUGAAGUGUACAGUAAUCAUGGCUGGCUUUAACUGCACACGUUAUAAUUCUUAAAAAAAUUCCAAGAAUUAAAGAAGUUAUAACAUUGUGCAGGAAUAUUCCUAGUUAAGAACUGGGCUCCAUCUUGUUACGUCAUCGGAUAAAAAAAUGUCCAGAUUUAACGUCUACAUGAUUUCAGAUCCAUGGCGUAUUCAUAAAUUUCAACUCUGGAGAACGGAUUAAAAAAGUUUCAGAUUCGUAUGCUGGAUUCACCAGAUACGUGUGGACGGAAUCCGAAUUCCCAAUAAAAAAGUUGCGGAUUAAUCCAGAUCCGGGUAUAUGUGGACGGGGCCUUAAAGGGAACCUCCACUUCAACAAAAAGAUAACUUUAAAUCACAGGAAAUAACUGUUACAGUCAAGUCAAUCUAAAAUAUUUUUAAAGAAAGCGUUUGUAUCCGAAAGAAAUAACUUUUAGAUUCGCCUAUUUUUGUUUUCAAAUUUUGCGGGCGUCGCCAUCUUGAAUAAUUGUGACGUGUAAUGGUUGCCCUAUUGUUAUUAAACAAAAGCUCUUUGUGUCAGAACAAUAGAGCAACCGUAACACGUCACAAUUAUUAUUCAAGAUGGUGGCGCCCGCGAAAUUUGAAAGUGAAAAUAAGCGAUUUUAAAAUUCACUUUUCCUGAUAUAAACACUUUUUUUAAGACAAAUUUCGAACAAAUUUGUUUAUCAACAUAAUUUUAUUUGAUUUAAACUUAUUCUGUAGUAAGAGUGGAGGUUCCCUUUAAAAACCAAGUUCUUACUCCCGGGUUUUUACUGUAUUAUGUGUUUGUUUUUCUUCAGGGGUGUUCCUGCUGUGGUUGACUUUGCUGCUAUGCGAGAUGCUGUUAAAAGACUUGGAGGGGAUCCAGGCAAAAUCAAUCCACUCUGUCCUGCUGAUCUUGUGAUUGACCAUUCAGUUCAAGUUGAUGUAUCAAGAAGGUAGUUGGACUAUACAGCUACUUAAAAUAAUGAAUUAUUUAAAGUGGAAGCUCUCGUAAGCUGACACCUUCGGGACGCGAAAAAGGUGUUCAUAACUGGGACUGGCUGCUAUGGGAAUGUAAAAAAAUACAGAGUUUGUAAUGGAGUUGAGAAAAAUGGCAUUUUGUGAAGGUGGCCAUAAGUAGAGCUUUCUGCUUACGAGAGUGUCCAUUGGGAGAGCUUGCACUGUUUUAGUACACUAUGAAGUUAUGUCCUAACACGAGUAGCCAGGGUUGUCAGAAAGUUUUGAAGUAGAUGGCUGAGUUGUCAAAGUAAGCGGCCAGUCCAGGGAUAUUUUAUUUAAAAAUGCCACCCGUAAAGAAAUGCCAAGCAGAGUAGCUGGCCGAUACUAACCAAGUAGGCGGCCAUUUUCACUGGCAGCCGGCUACUUCUCACAACCCUACAGUAGUUGUCUAAAUGUACUAAGAUGGACUUGAUGAGCUGGGAUCAUAAGUGGCCUGUAUAUGUCCAGUAUUGGGUCCCUUUCCCUCUGGCUCAAAUGCCUUAGGUUUGUUCUUUUGUGUGAGAGAGAUUGAAGCCAAAACAUCAGGUCUUAUGUCUUCUGGAAGAAAAGAAUGAAACAAAAGAUCAUUGUUUAUGCAAACAAUAAAAAUAUUAACAAACUUAGUGCCAAAAAAAAUGUUUUGUUUGUUGGCCUUGUAUUUCUGCAAGACAAAGCAAAUAGCAGAGGAAAAGAUCAUAUCCUAAAAAUGGAGGUGAACUUGUAGCAAAAAGAAGGUCUCCCAAAAUAAUAUUUAUUGUAUCUGCCCUUUAUGCCCCUAGUCUUCUUGUAAUGUUUUCAUUUUGUAAUGUUAGAAGUUUAUAAAACAGUUCUGAAAAGCUCUCAAGCAGUACUAUAAUAAUAUCAUGGAUGGUAAAAUUUGUUAUUUUGACUCUGGCUCACUAGUAUGUGUAAGUUUGGACUACUGAGAAAAUAUUAUAAUUUUGUCACCAGUAAGCUGCACAUUUUUUAUGUAUAAAGAUUUAGUGUUUCAAGGGUUUUAACUGUUUCAGUUAUAAAUGUUAUGUGUGGAAUGAUUAUUAUUGUAUUUCUCUUUGUUCUUACACCCUGUACUUCCACUUAAAUUCACAAGCUAAUGUCUAAUAUUAUUAACUUGAAAUGCUUACCGUAUUUACUUGAAUAAUGUACCACUUCUGAGUAAGCGCCUCCCUGGAAUAAGCACCAAUUUUUGGGACAAGAAAGUUGAUUAGCGUUGUCCCUGAAUAAGCACCAGAACCUUGAUAUAAUCAGAAUCAAAAGAUGUUAAUUCUGUUUGUUUAAUAUGGAAAAUGAUAAUACUGUAGUUACAGCAAUUCUUUAUUGCGUCCAACUUUCAAAUAAAUGCCGCCCUCAAAUAACCUUUGCCACCUUUGAAUAAGUGCUGCAUUUUUGAAAAAUUUAAUAAGUGCCAUGGUCCUUAUUUGAGUAAAUACGGUAUUACUACAGAAGACAGGAAAGAAUAUGUGGUCUUGUUCUUUCAGUCAGACUCAGUUGUUUGACCCGGGCGGCAACUGGCCCAAGAAGGACGAUCCAUGUCCAUUUCAUUUGCUACCCAUUGACUGGUGCGAUUUCACUUUUUCUUCUCUUAAUAAUGUUCAAACAUUCAUUUCUUGAGAGUUUAGUAUACAGAGUGGUGCAUGUAUACUUUAAUUGCACCUCUGGUAAUCAUUAAUUUAAUAUUGUGCCUAGCUUAUAUAUCAUAGAGAUUUUCUUGUAAGCCCAAAACAUUAUUAAUAACUUCGUGAAGUUGCCACUAAGCUGAUAUCUCUUAAACCUGUAAAUGAGUAAUAGGUUUCUCCUCAUGAACAGUUUGAACUGAUACUACCCAUUGCUUUUGUCUCUUGAAAGAUACGUGUAACUUUGUUCAUUUUAUUUAUCAAUCACACAUAUCAUAAACUGUACUUUUACUUUCUCUUAUUAAUAUCACUUCUGCUACUGGUGUUUGGACCAGGCUAAUUUAAGUUCUGUUUCAAUUCAAGAUGACAUGAGUUUUCUUAUGUUCAAGCAGCUUUCCUCAAGUUUUCAUUGAUGUGCACAUAAAUAAAUAGUAACAGUGAUUGUUUUUUUUCACCAGCUCCACAGCACUUCAGAAAAACCAGGAAAUGGAAUUCACUAGAAACAAGGAGAGGUUUCUUUUUCUGAAGGUAAGUGUUUUCUUUACCUUUUUCUGUCAAGCAGUUUGCUGAGGCAGUAUUAUUACUGGUAUGGAUGUUAUGCAAAUUUGUUCUCUGUUUUAAAUUCUCGAAUUGGUUGGGCCAAAUUAAUUGCUUUAUGUGUUGAGUCAUUGAUUGAGUUUUACUGGUAGUGAAUAUUUUUUAUUCAUUUGUAGUAGUAAACAUUCAAAAUCACAAUGUGGGAAAAUGCGCACACAAUUCUGUCACUUUAAAUACUAUGUAAACAUUCAAUUAAAAUGUCACAAAUUUGCAUAAUUUCGAAGCAACUGGUGGUUUUAAAAUUUCAUCUUAUGGAUUUCAUUACAACAUUUGCAUGCUUUUAAUCUUGGCCAGAAAUUACAAUUGUCCCAGAACUGUAUCUGAAAAAGUUUACUGCCGAACCAACCUCACUUGCUAAAAACACCUAUAGCACAUUACUAACAGUCACAAAAAGUGCAUAUGCUGAUUAGAAGUUGUUACACAAUGUGGCUGCCUCGAAGAACGAUUUUGUUUUGCCAGCACAUGGCUUUUGUUCAGACUAUUCAUUGCCAACAAGCUCAUGUCCUCUCAGUGAACUAUUUUUUGCAGAAGUUAUUGAAAGUCCUCUUACUAAUUCAGUGAAUUCAUUUUUUCUUAGUGGGGCUCAAAAGCAUUCAAGAACAUGACGAUAAUUCCACCUGGGUCAGGGAUAGUUCACCAGGUGAACCUUGAGUACCUUGGUCGCGUGGUGUUUAACAUGGAUGGUGUCUUGUACCCAGAUAGUGUUGUAGGCACAGACUCUCACACAACAAUGAUUAAUGGGCUUGGAAUUGUUGGGUGGGGUAAGUUUUGCUUUGAUUUUUAUUGUUUACUUCUAUCAGAAAGGGUGUUUUCUAUUUACAUGUAUUAUUUCAAAUCUUAUUGAAAAAGAAAAUGAAGUGAAAAAGAAGUGCAGAAACUGACCAAUUAACAAAUGACUAAGGAGCAAUCAGUGGAAUCCAUAUACUACAGUGAAAGCUCUAUGUGUGGUAGUUUCUCUUAAGAAACCAUCUCUCAACUAAAGUAUCCAAAAUUACCAAAAUUAGUUUUCCUAGUCAAAAUACUAUAUUUCUUUAAACAUUCCAUGUACAAAUUUUCCAAACUGAUCUACAUACAUUUCCUGGAUGAAUAGGUUGAGAGAAUUUGUUAAUUGAUCAAAUCCUUUUCUCUUUAGUGAUCAUUUUAUUUAUCCUUAUAACCUAUUCUCUUGAUCACCUACAUGUAGUGACGUUAUAAGAAAAUCGGUUUUGUUCCAUACAUGUAGUUGGGAACCUCUCACAAGUGGCCACCGAAUCUUGGCAAUUUGGAGUGUCGCUCAUGGUGGUUUGGAUGUAUUUAAUGUUGCAGGUGUUGGAGGAAUAGAAGCUGAAGCUGUCAUGUUAGGUCAGGCAAUAAGUAUGGUAUUGCCAAAGGUAGUGGGAUAUAAGCUGACAGGCCAAGUGAAACCAUUCAUAACAUCCACUGAUGUUGUACUUACCAUUACAAAGGUAAGUGGUACAAUGUACACUGUACUGAAGCAAGGGUGGUUGCAGGGUGCAAAGAAAGUCAUUUUUACAGUUUGCCACUCGGGCAAGCUGAAGCUAGCAUUUACUAGCCCAAACGUCGUUUCAACGAGCCCUCAAAAUUUUUUGAUUAGCAGAAUUGAUUUCACAGUUCUUCUGUAAGUUGAAUUCCUCAAUGUUUUUCCUACCGGUAACUGAAAUUUAUCAUUUUUUUACUUGUAGCAUCUUCGCCAGAUUGGUGUGGUUGGUAAAUUUGUGGAGUUUUUUGGUCCAGGUGUAACUCAUUUGUCCAUUGCUGAUAGAGCCACUAUUGCUAACAUGUGUCCUGAGUAUGGGGCAACUGUUGGCUUUUUUCCUGUGGAUGAAAAGACUCUUUUGUAUCUCAGACAAACAGGUCAGUAUGCUUCUAAAGAAACAAGGUAGUUUCUUGGUGUUGCAGAUGUGUGCAAUCACGAAAUGACGUAUUGCAACUUAUAUCACCUCGGUACAUAGCACUACAGUAUGACUUUUGAGCACUAGGUGAAAAACAUAAACUUGAGCCUGCGAUCAAUUUAAAGCUAAUAACUGGUCAGCGGAAUACCUCAUAAAAACAUGUGACCUUGAUGAGCUAACACUUGAGCCUGCAAAUAUGGUCACAUGAUUCUGGUCAGUGGAUGCCCUGUUUUGACAACUGGCAAUCGCCCAUACGAUGGAUGUCAUUUAUCAAGUUAAUUGAACUCAGGUUGCAGUUACCCAUACUAGCUAGAAAAAUGUGAAAAUGUGAAAUUUCACAUUGGUUGCCCUGUGCUGCAGACGGAUGGGUGGGCAGGUGGACGGGUGGGUGAACAGACCUACGUUCACUCGACUACCAAAAUUUCUCGGACGGAUAUAUAACCAAAUUUUCUUGCCCUUUGAAAUCUAAUCUUCUUUCUGCUUUUCUAUCAGGUCGUUCUGAAGAAACACUUGAACGCGUUGAGGCAUACAUGAAAGCUACCAAAAUGUUCCGUGACUUCUCUGACCCAAACAAUGACCCAGUGUUUUCCGAGGUAAGACAGAAAUUAUGGGGCUUUUGUCCUGCUUUGGCUUCCAAAAGUUUUUAAGUAUGUGUAAUUAUUUGUCUCAUGCUACAUGCAAUUGGACACAACAUUGUUGGCCAUCAACUCCCAACAUUGUUGGAUAAUACAUGUUGUGUCUGUUUGCACAUCCUGUUGCAUGUUGUUGCAUGUUGUUUGAAACCAGUCAAACUUUUAGCUUCAUGCAAUCGGACGCAACAAUUCUCAAUAAUGUUGCAUCUGUCUGCACAGGGCUUAACUCCUUAAGCCUUUAAGCCCCAAUAGUCACAUAAAUUCUCCAGAAUGAUCUCCAUUCAUUCCCUUGAAGAAUUUGUCAAGAGAAAUUGAUCUAAGGUCAAAGUAUCCUCCCUUUGAUGAUCAUUUCAUUAAUUCUCAGAACUGUUUCUCUGGCUAAUUUGUGUAUUAUUAGGAGAAAAUUGCUGUUGGACUCUCUUGGAGCCAGACUGCUCUUCAUGCAUUUUUCAUGCAAUGUGUUAGAACAAUUUUUUUGAAAAUCAAGGCAUUUUGUUUAAUAUCACGAUCUUUUGUAGGCAUUUUGUUUAAUAUCACGAUCUUUUGUGAUGCUUUGUAGAACGAAAUCACUCACAACCAUGUUGGUACAAAUAGUUGUACUCAGUAAAACAACACUAUUACCUGAUGAAGACCUGCAAUGUGCAGUUGAAACGUCGCGAUCAAUAUCUAAGUGACAAUCGUGAGACAAACGAUAAACAAAACCCUCUAUAUUCAUUAACCACAAUGAACAUCUUCUUUCAUGACAUCAUGAUGUUUCUUUAGAUUGUAGAGCUGGAUCUGUCUACAGUAACUCCAUCAUUAUCAGGGCCCAAAAGACCUCAUGACAGGGUGGCAGUAUCAGAUAUGAAGCAGGAUUUCAUGGACUGUUUAAACAAUAAAGUUGGAUUUAAGGGUUUUGGCAUUCCAGCUGAUAAACAGUCAUUAGAAGUUCCUUUCACCUUCGAAGGACAGGAGUACAAGUUAUCUCAUGGUGAGAACUUUAUGUGAUGCAGUGAUCAACCCCUUGACCUCCCAGAAUUUCUAAAUUUUUAAAUGCAGCAAAGGCCGUAGUAUAAUUGGCCAUAAAAAGGGGCAAUGCAACAGCGUGGUUAAAAAUCCCAACUGGUAUGAGGCGUGCCAGUUGGUGAUUUUACAAAUGUGGCCAAGGAUUUGAACUUGGGACUACCAAGAACAACUUGCGGUCAGGGUGGGACGUAAACUUGGGUCCUCCGAAUUACAAGUCCAGCGCUCUAUCCACUCGGCCACGCUGCCUCCUCACUUUGACUUUGAUUGUGGUUUACACAGAAGUUUUUCAGACAUCAGUCACUAUCACCAGUAGUCCUAUAAAUAGUCAGGACCACUUACCAAGGAAAUCAUAUUCUACUACCUGUAACAUGCAUGCAUUUUUUUUAUUUUUCCCCAAAUCAAGGUUCUGUGGUGAUAGCUGCAAUUACAAGUUGUACCAAUACUAGUAACCCAUCAGUAAUGCUCGGAGCAGGACUGUUGGCAAAGAAAGCUGUAGAAUUGGGACUGUCAGUUAAACCUUAUGUCAAGACAAGUUUAUCACCAGGUUCCGGAGUGGUCACAUAUUAUCUGCAAGAAAGUGGAGUUGUACCGAGUCUGGAACAGUUAGGGUAAGAUUAGAAUUGAAACUGCUAGAGUUCAUAAUAAAAACUAUUCUAAGUUUAAACACUAGUUUAUCUAUGAUCAAUCCCCGCUUUACAGACACGUGCUUAAUAGGCUGUUGUAGCAACCGAACAGGAACAUCAUUUGAUGAGCGUGCAGAAAGGACUAAACUCGACUUCCGGUGCCCAAUUUGCCACUCUGCCAUUGGUCAAGCCAGUUGUUUCAUUUGUGCGUGCCAUCGUCAAUUGAUGUUCCCGUUCUGUUGCACGCCUCAUUAUUAUGGACAGCUUGCUUUGUUCCUGGGGAAAUAAACCCCUUACAUUUUUCUCUAAAUUCAACCCACUUAUUUUGGAUGCCUUGUUAUUAUGGACACUUUCUAUGAUCCCAUCAGUGUCCGUAUUUAUGAGGUUUGACUGUAUUUUUGAAAUCUUUGAUGUUUCAUGUGAUUAAGAUUGUGUUUUGUCUUCAUUGCAGGUUCAAUGUUGUAGGUUAUGGCUGUAUGACAUGUAUUGGUAACUCUGGUCCUUUGUCUGAUGAAGUAUCAGAAGCUAUAGAAAAGGUUUGAGAAGUUGCUCAAUGUUUAACUUUGUGAUGUGUGCUGUAAUUGGUUUGAGUUUGAUUACUGUAGGUCAUCUAUUCAAGCUUAUUUCUUGAGGUGUGACAGACUAUGAAUUUAAUUUUACUAUAUAAGAAAAUCAUGGCGUUUGUCCAAGUACCUUCUCUUUCUAUGCUAACAAAACUUUCUUUCACUAUAUUAAAGAUUACUCCCUCCCUCUUUUAUCUGCUAAAGAAACACCUGCAUUUUUAUUUUAUUCUAUUUAAUUACCUUCGCCUAUUUUAUGAUAUAGAAAAAAAUUUGAAAAGGAUAACAAAUGUAUAAAGAAGUAAAGAAUAGUUAAUAAAUCAUCAGACAGGGAUGCCACAACAGCAGUAAGCCAAUAAAUUAUUACAGUUGUUACAGUGGCUAAAAAGUAUGCAAGAUGAAGUACAGCUACAUAUAACAUAGUACUUAUUAACUGAGAGUGAAAUGGGGACUACUCAUAGUGUAGAGAGUGAGGUCAUUAAAGAGAAAUCUCGGACUGAGGCCUUGACUUAAUGUAUUGACUGAGUGAUAGCAAGGUCAGUUCAUCAAGGCCAAGGUCUGAGAUUUCCUUGUAGUGAUUGAAUGGAUGAGUUUAUUAAGUUAUUUAUUAUAUGGCCUUUUCGUUAUGGACCCAAGACUGUGGUCAAUUAAAACCAACAACUGGUCAGCUGAUAACUUUAAAAAACAUGUCACCUCAAUGAGUUGUACGUUUGAGCCCAUGAUACAGUCAGGUGGCAUUGGUCAGCAGAUACCUUUUUGACAGCUGUCAAUUGACCAUAACAUGGAUGUCCAUUAGGAUGUCCACUAUUCAGUUAAACACAGAUUGCAUAUGCAUGAGACACCCAGCGAGUAAUGCACGAUCAUCACAAGACAACAGUCAAUCAGAGUGCGUGCACUAUUGUAGCCAUAUAAUAAGAUGCAAUAGUGAACAUGGACAGACACGAGGGCUUAGAAGAAGAUUUGAAAAGCCUGUAGAGCUCAAAAGAGAAUUUGAAAAUUAAAAUGUGGAUAACUUUCAUGUAAUAUUAAGUUUGUUUUCUUUGUUGCGUCAUUUUCUCUAGGGUGAUCUUGUGGCUGUGGGUGUGUUGUCAGGAAACAGAAAUUUUGAGGGACGUAUCCACCCUCUGACAAGAGCAAAUUAUCUUGCCUCCCCUCCCCUAGUGAUUGCUUAUGCCAUUGCAGGCACUACUCUUAUAGACUUUGAGAAAGAGCCAAUAGGUGAGUUACACCAGUUAUUACCUUCUUUGGACAGUCCGUGGUUAUUUUGAGGUCUGCAAAAGUCAGUAAAGGUUUGUUCAGCUGAAGGAGUGUGAUUUCUUGUCAUUUGUAGGUAUAUCUAAGGACGGAAAAGAGGUUUUCCUCAGAGAGAUCUGGCCAACGAGAGAAGAACUACAGGUUUGCGUUCAUACUCACUCACAUUCCCUUUAAUCCUGUCCGCCCCAAUAUCCACAUACAAAUUCUCAAGACUGAUCUUCAUGCAUUUCCUUAAAGGAUUAGUUGAGAGAAUAAGUUUGGAGAUCAAAGCUUUUUUAGGGGUUCACUUCAUUAGUUCUCGUAACCUUUUUUCUAGAUUAUGUUAUAUUGAUAUUGUUAUUGCAAAAGCCGAUGUUGGUCGCUAUUGGCACUUGAAGGAUUAAUGGAUAUCAAGGUUGGCGCAGUGGUGAGUGCACUCGCCUCCCUCCAAUGUGGCCCGGGUUAAAAUCCCGGCGUCGAACAAUUUCUUUCCUGUCUUUACAAGUCGCUUAUAAACUGUGCCACGUUUCAUGAGUGUUUUUUGCCAUUUUAAGUUUAAACCCUUGUGAUGCUUUUCUUUAGGAGGUUGAGAGGCAAUUUGUCAUUCCUGCGAUGUUCAAAGAAGUCUAUGCCAAAGUUACGGUACGUAUGAAUUCUCUUUGAUGGCAAAAAGAUCCCUAACCUCAGAUAACAUAGCAAGUUAAUAAACAGACAAAUAAAUAGAUAAAUAAAUAUCGUGGUUCAAUCAAUCAACUAAUCAUUUAGGAGCUUUCAAUCAGUAUUGUUAUGUUGUUUCUCAGUUCUGUCUACCCAGAAGUAAAUAGAUCGGUUCAUUGUCAAUAACUCUGUCGAUUGUACAUUCAUUGCCCGAAAAGUAACACAUACUUUUUUUGGCACUCAUAUAGAUAGAGUAAGCUUUUUUUUUGUUAAAAAAUCCCAGCUCAGCGAAUUAUUUUUAAGUGCUUCCACUUAGUUAGCCCUUUCCAGGUGUUUUGAUAUUUGAUUCUGCUCUCUAUUUCUUGCGGUUUACGGUCAUCUCCCCACCAACGAAAUUGCCACCACAUAAGAACUGUGCAAUAAUUGACACUGUUUACUUACCUGGGAUUGUUACUUCUUCCUCAAGCCCAAAUAUAAGUUUAGCUUCGUUAAUUGACACCUUGCGUCGAACCUCUCAUCUUUAGUUUUAUUUUUUGUGAAUAAUUGCGACUUUUUAAUACCUUGAUCAGUGUUAAUACUGCUUACUUGCAUCGUUCGAGAGGUGCGAUUUGUUGAAAAUCUAACAGCCCUUCUUAAGAUAGUUGGUUGAUAUCAUUGUAAAAUUAAAGUGAAAGAAUUCUUUUCAGAGACUUUUCCUUUCGAUAAGUAUCAAGAUAUAUAUUUUUGGUGGUGAGAUGCAUAGGUUGGUGGCGAGGUGACCGGAUACCUUUCUUGUCUCUGCCCAACACGAUGUCAACUGGAUAUUAACCUGUUUUCUGGUUGCUUUUAGACUGGAAAUCCUCGCUGGAAUUCUCUCGAGGCACCUGACAGUAUGUUGUAUCCAUGGGACGAGAACUCAACUUACAUAAAACACCCACCUUUCUUUCAAUCAAUGGUAAGGAUGAAUGGACGAAUAACGUAAUCAUUGUUACCUUUGCUUGGUUGCACUAUCAAUAAAGUUGUAACGAUUCUGGGGCAUCAAAGAGUAAAAUUUGAACUAAUAAGAAUGAUGGUGGUGAUGGUCUUGUUAUAUUUCUUGAGGGAGCAGUGUGGCAUACUACCUCCUUGUCUUUAAACGUCAACAGCCAAAACUUGAGACCAUGGGCGCUUCCCAUUUGUCAAAACUGACCGGCCAGACCAUUCUCAUCGUAAUGAGAAUUUCACUUUUUAUAAAAAAUAUCCCGCCAAAUCAGUCAAAUCCGAAAUAGCAUGCUUGAAUGAGGUGGUUUUUCUACCAAAACUCUUAGAAAAAGCGUAUUUCAUUUCAACAUAAAUGACCAUUGACAAGUGAACUUCUUUACAAAAGUUAAAUGGAAACUAAGAAGCCAAGAAUUAAACUUUUCAACUUGCCCUUGAUGAAAGCUUGGGCUUGUUUGGGUUUUACCAUUUUGUUAUAAUAAGUUGGACGCAGGUUAAACUCUUUGUUUUCAUGUACUACCACCAUAGUUAGUUGUUUGGUAUCUCUGUAAAGCUUCAGGGAACAGCUAGGAAGAGCUUAUCCAGAGACUCUUACAAAACGGUUCUUUACCGAGCAGGUAUAGUAAACAUUGCAAGCUGUAUAUAGCGGCAAGAAAACGGGAAGGAAACUCAUCUGGAAAAUAAUAUGGUUGAUCUUGUUGGAAGGUCACUAUAAGUGAUAUGUAUCUCGGCACUUGUUAACAAGAAUUGUUUGCUUACAGGUCAAGGAUUUGCCCAGCCGGGAGAGCAUCAAAGAUGCUGCUGUAUUGUUAAAUUUAGGAGAUUCCGUUACAACUGAUCAUAUAUCUCCUGCUGGCAGUAUUUCUCGCACAAGCCCUGCUGCUCGUUAUCUGGCUGGUAGAGGGUAGGAAUGUGUUCCUUUAUGUUAUAUAUAAUAACCGCGUGUUUCAGUGUCAAUUUUAUAGAAUUGUUUUGGAUCGAAAACCGAAAAGAAUUUGAAUUUAAAACAAAUGCUCUGAUUUAAGUUGUUACGUCUUGAAAUCUCGUGCCACUUUCUCAACCAAUCACGUAUUGCGUAAUCUAAUUGCAGCAUUUUCGCAUGCGUUUCCCGCGCCCUCCGCCAGUCAACAUUUGCUUGCUCUGAUUUCUGAUUGGGUUAUUUUAUUUUCUGUAUUUGCUCUGAUUGGGCAGAUUAAUCACUAAUGGCGAGACUCCGCUAAGAUACGACAGCGGCAACGCUAGUGAAAACGACGCUAAAAAGCUGACUUCACAUGCUUUCAAACUUUUUCACGAUCAUCACAUAUCCACAUUUCAUUCAGUCAUUUGAAAGUUGGGAAAUCAAACAGGUCCAGGGGUGAGGGGACCACGUCUGAACUCAGACGGAUGGAGUCAAAUUUAUGGCAUUGACGUUCGCGUUCUAAAUUUGGUCAUUUUGUGUCGUUGUUGGGCUGGGACGUCAAAGAUAUAUACAGAGAAAAGCGUAAUGCACGUGCAGAGUUGUUGUUUUGCCCGCUCUAUCCUACAUUUUUGGCGUUCCCGUUUUCCCAUCAAAUUCUCUUAACAUGGAUUAAUAAAGCAUAUAAUAGUCAGAUGUGUAUUUUAACUAUCUUACAUUUUAUCGCAGGCUCGCACCUCGUGAGUUUAAUUCUUAUGGAUCUCGCCGUGGAAAUGAUGCUGUUAUGGCCCGUGGAACGUUCGCUAAUAUAAGACUGGUGAACAAAUUCAUAGGAAAAGCUGCUCCUAAAACCCUGCACUUUCCCUCAGGAGAUACGGUACGAUGAAAGCAUACCUUGAUUCUUUCAAUCUCUUUCCCAAAGUUUGUCUUUUCUUUCCUUUGUGACCAGCCUGCUGAAAUUCUCUCGCUGCUCUUCAACCAGUCAUACGUUUCCUCGUUAUGACGCCGCCUUACAUAUGUCUAUGUGGUCCGACUUGGUUUGCUUGCUUACCUACACUUAUCAUGUACGUGCUUUGUUGUCGUUGUUUUGAGCGUUCUGAUUUGGUUUACCCGACUUAUUUAUGACUGAUUUUCUUCUACAGAUGGACGUCUUUGAUGCCGCUGAACGCUACGGGCAAGAGGGACGCCAACUCAUUAUCUUGGCCGGCAAGGAUUAUGGGUCAGGAUCGUCACGUGACUGGGCUGCUAAGGGGCCCUGGAUGCAGGUAAAUAAAAUAGUCGGCAAAUAAUACACACUCAUGGGAUACUUAAAACCCCUCACUAGUCCUGGUGAGAAACUCUCGUUCAUGGCCAUUCAAACUUAAAUCUUAAAGGGCGAAUUAUUCAGGAGUGUUUUACAACUCUCCUCGCAAAGGCAAUUGUUCAUGGUGUGGUUUCCUCCAUCAUUUUUUUCGAUAUCUCUGGUUGUACAAAAUAUUUAACAGUUAGACUACUAGUUUGAUUUUUAUGUAGUUAAUAGUCAUUUCGCCGCUUCGCGCCUCGUUGACUAUUUGACUCCCAGAAAAUGAACGAGUAAUGUAAUUGUUUUAGUAAAAAGCAGCAUGCUUCCUUCAAUCCUACCAAGUUUGGAUGACAUACGCAAAAACAGGCCUUUGUUUGCACAGCUUGAAUUCACGAAAAAACUCGUUUAAUUGUCACGACUAUAUUUGUACUUCUUAGCGUGAAAAAAAAAAAAAAGAUGAUGCCGCUUCAGUUUUUGUAUCGUUUUGUUAUGUUUUCUUUUUUUCUGGCGUAGUAUCCUAAUUACUCUAUCUACUCCUCAGAAACUUCGCAGAGACGAUUUGUUGAUUGAGUUGCCAUUGUUUUGUCCAAAUCACCGCUUCGCAACUCACCCUGUCACACAGUACUGACAGAGUGAAUACGUUAGCCAAUCAGAUUGAGGAAUUCUUGAUAUUUUGUAAUUUGGUUUCUUCUUAAUUCGUACUCUAGCAUGCCUCUCAACUCUGACUGAACAGUACGUUUAUCGGGUAAUGGGACAUCUAAGGAAGUCUAAUGGAAGCACCAUCGGGAUUCUUAUGUUGUCAGUGCAUGUUAAAGUGGGGAGGGGAGGGGGUGGGGCAUCUCAAAAAUACACGUUGUGCUUAUUAUUUUUGUGUGUCUUUCCUCUAGGGCAUCAAAGCUGUGAUAUCAGAGAGCUUUGAACGAAUUCAUCGCAGUAAUUUGGUAGGAAUGGGUAUCAUGCCCCUAGAAUAUCUUCCGGGCCAGAACGCAGAGAGCCUGGGACUGACGGGAAAAGAAAGCUACACUAUUGAAGUACCUGAAGAUCUAAAAACCGGCCAAACAGUGGAUGUGAAGGUA